GUUUUUACUUUUCUUUAAUUUAUUUGUAAAAUCAAAGCAUGAAUAAUUUUUAGAAGGGAGGAGAAGCAACAUUGUCCAAAAAAAUGAAAAAGGAAAAAAAAGGUAAGACUGAAAGAGGGAGAUAACCAGAUAAGUAUGCUGUUAAACGGCCACGUCACUAUUCCGGCGGCCGGAGAAGGAGGGGGACGAUGAACGCGCUCUUGUUGCCCCCAUCUUUACUUUUUCCUUUUCACUCUGUUAAUCUCUUCCCAACAAUCCUCCGCCGCGGAAGAAGAUUGGAGCCGCCUCUCUUUGCCGCAGCUACCUUCACCACCACCACCUCCGCCGCCGCAUCCUCCAAACAAUUCAGCAACAUCGAUGAACCGCAAGGAGGAGGAGAAGAAGGAUACGACAUCGCUUCACUUUCGAAUCGCAACUACGAUUUCACUACCCUCAUCGAAUUCCUCCAGACGUAUGCUCCCACCGAGUCCGACUCGGCCGAGUCUGCACCCGCUCGUCUAGACGAAGUUGAGUUGAAGCUGGCCAAUUCGUACCGAGCAGUCCCGGCACCACUCUGGCACGAGCUUCUCAAGUCUCUGUCCUCCAAUUCAGAUUCGAUCUCGGCUGCAUAUGGGCUCGUGGUUUGGCUCCAGAAGCACAAUCUCUGCUUCUCGUACGAGCUUCUCUACUCGAUAUUGAUUCACGGGCUGGGGAAAUUCAAUAAGCUAUACGAAGCCUUCUUACUAUUCCGGCAUCAGAAGCUCACCCCGGUGACUUACAAUGCUCUCAUUGGCGCCUGUGCUCGCAACAAUGAAAUCGAAAAAGCAUUGAGUCUGCUUGCUAGAAUGCGUGGGGAUGGUUAUCACUCGGACUUCGUGAAUUACAGUCUGAUCAUUCAGUCGCUUACUAGGAGCAAGAGGGCUGAUUCAGCUCUUUUGGAGAAGUUGUAUGAGGAAAUAGAGGCUGAUAAGAUCGAGCUGGACUCUCAGUUGAUGAAUGAUUUAGCAGUAGGGUUCUCCAAGGCAGGGAAUGUCGACCGGGCUUUGGAUUUUCUAGCCAUGAUUCAGGCAAACGGCUUGACCCCGAAAGCAGCUACUAUUGUGGCUGUGAUUUCAGAGUUAGGGAAUUUUGGCAGGGCAGAAGAGGCAGAAGCUGUCUUUGAGGAGUUGAGGGAAGGCGGAUUGAAGCCAAGGCUGAGAGCAUAUAAUGCAGUAUUGAAAGCCCAUGCCAAAUCUGGUUCUUUAAAUGAUGCUAAGAAUAUUGUAUCUAAAAUGCAGAGAAUUGGGAUUUCACCAGAUGAGUAUACAUAUGGUCUACUCAUUGAUGCAUAUUCAAAUGCAGGCAGAUGGGAGAGUGUUUCUGUAGUGUUAAAAGAAAUGAAAGCGAACAAUGUACAACCUAACUCACUUGUCUUUGGUAGGAUAUUGGCAGGUUACCGUGACCGGGGAGAGUGGCAGAGAUGUUUUGAGGUGCUCGAGGAAAUGAAGAACAGUGGGGCUAAACCCGAUACACAUAUCUAUAAUGUUAUGAUCGACACAUUAGGGAGGUAUAAUUGUCUUGACCAUGCAAUGGAUGCAUUUCGAAGUAUGAAAACAGAGGGAAUCGUGCCGGACAAUGUGACAUGGAACACAAUCAUAGAUUGCCAUUGCAAACAUGGCCUCCAUGAUAAAGCAGAGGAGCUGUUUGAAGAUAUGCAGAGAAGUGGGUGUAUGCCUUGCACCACAACGUACAAUAUAAUGAUUAAUUCUUUCGGGCAGCAGGGGAGGUGGGAAGAAGUGAAGGGUUUAUUGGGGAAGAUGCAGAGUCAUGGAUUACUGCCUAAUGCAGUUACAUACACCACACUAGUUGAUAUUCAUGGACGGUCGGGGAGAUUUAACGAUGCAAUUGAGUGCUUGAAAGUGAUGAAAUCUGCUGGGUUGAAGCCAUCCACAACAAUGUAUAAUGCAUUAAUUAAUGCUUAUGCGCGGAUGGGGCUUUCAGAGCAAGCAGUAAGAACUUUCAGGAAUAUGAAUGCUGAUGGUCUCAUGCCCAGUUUAUUGGCUCUGAAUACUUUAAUUAAUGCAUUUGGUGAGGAUAGAAGAGAUGCUGAAGCUUUUGCUGUUUUGAGGUACAUGAAAGAAAAUGACAUAAAGCCAGACGUUAUCACUUACACCACUCUCAUGAAAGCUUUAAUUCGUGCCGAGAAAUUUGGGAAGGUAAAGUUCCAGCUGUGUAUGAGGAAAUGCUCUUGUCAGGUUGCAUGCCAGAUAGAAAAGCUAGAUCUAUGCUGCAAUCAGCGCUACGAUGCAUGGAGUCUACGUCAAAACCUUAGCUACUUCCUGCUGCAAAAGCUUUCGUACUUCGCACAAGGACUCUUGCUUUCGUCAUAGUAAAACUGAGUUGGAACUUUCUUUAUCAACCUUUAUUCCAUAUUGAUAUGAGAUAAGAGCUUCUCAAGAAUUCAAUUUCGAAGUUCGCAAAUGAAGAGGAGCAAUGGCAUGAGAAUACAUAGGACGCAAUUGAGUUGGUGCUUUCUUCAUCGAGCAAGGUAGCAACGUGGAGAAGUAUUCUUCACGCCUUCCUGGUAUUGUACUCCCUCUGUCCGGCGAAAACCCUUUUUAAGUCUUGAAUAGUGAAAAGUUUAUGGUUAGAAUUUGUUCAAAGUAUACAAAAUUAGUGUGUCAUACAUUCCUUUCUUUAGAAGAUUUUGUUUUUUGAGACAAAAUAAAAAGGAAUGGAACUUUUUACCGGAUAUAUGGAGCCAUUUAGAAAUCAUCCCAAAUCUGAGUAAAACAUAACACUUAUC